GUAAUAUUAUAAAAAAUUGUAGGCUAAUGCAGCAUCUGGGAUGGCUGUGCAUGAUGAUUGCAAGCUGAAGUUUUUAGAGUUGAAGGCAAAAAGAACCUACCGUUUCAUCAUCUAUAAGAUUGAAGAGAAGCAAAAGCAGGUUGUUGUGGAAAAGCUUGGUGAACCAACUGAAAGCCAUGAGGAUUUUGCUGCAGGCCUCCCUGCUGAUGAGUGUCGAUAUGCUGUCUAUGACUUUGAUUUCAUGACAGAAGAAAACUGCCAGAAGAGCAGAAUAUUCUUCAUUGCUUGGUCACCUGACACAGCAAGGGUGAGAAGCAAGAUGAUUUAUGCAAGCUCUAAAGACAGGUUCAAGAGAGAGCUUGAUGGAUUCCAGGUAGAGCUGCAAGCAACUGAUCCUACAGAGAUGGGGCUUGAUGUUUUCAGAAGCCGAGCUGGUGGAAUUGAAUGUUGAGUGCGUGAGUGU